AUGACAGACCCUAGUAGUAUUUUUCCAUUGUCGACGCGAGAAUGGGAUUAUGUUGCCGGCCGUCAACACGCCCCAGGACUGUGCGUCAAAGAACAUGAAUUAUUGCGAGCAGUGGAGUCAGGCGAUAUUGUCAAAGCAAAAGCCUUGUUAGAGAGUGGUGACGUAAACGCUAACUGUAUUGGCAAACGAAGAAAUCAGCCAAUAAGAGCACUUCAGCUAGCUGCUGAGAAGAACGAUUUUCACAUGAUUAAAUUAUUGCUGAACUAUGGCGCCAAACCGCUUCCAAAGCCAUUGCCGUGUCUGAAACCUGGGAAUAUAUUAGAAGAUGACAUGAGGUACGGUUUGUACAAUGCCAUUUGUUCCCCGGCAUAUCUAAGUCUGGUAAAUGACGACCCUAUUAUGGCGGCUAACGAAGUAAACCAUGAAUUGUACAAAGUAUCAAUUUCAAAAGGCAUUGUAGAAACCUCGAAGGAUAAGUACGUUAAACUUUGGCGACAAGUUCGCGCAUACAGCUUGGAUAUACUGACAUGUUGCGACUCCACGCAGGAGGCUCGUACUCUACUUUUGGGAAGAGGAAUGGAACAUGCUGUCAACGAUUACACUGUCAGAGGCAAAGUAUUGAUGAGUGCACUUGAAAACCACAACAAACAGUUCAUAUCACACUACAAGUGUCAAAAUAUAGUCCAUAAAAUAUGGUACCGUGGUCAGCCAGAAUGGUAUUUUCGUAACGGUUUAAAAUGGACAAUCCUAUACUACGCGCACACGGUCAUGGUCUAUGUAGUCUUCCUUCCUAUUCUGCUGCUUAUUUACACUAUUCUCCCAUGCUCCCCUGUAUCACGAAUUGUAGAUACGCCAAAGAGCAAGUUUAUGUCACAAAUGAUGUCGUAUCUACUGUUUCUUAUCCUAAUUCUUAUCCUCAAUGUACUAUUGGACAACGAUCCAAACACUACAUUGACGACGUCUUACCUUGCAUUCUUGAUCUUCAUUCUGAUAUACGUCAUCGCCAUGAUAUGGGGUGAAAUUACUCAAAUUAUUAUUUUAGGGAUGAAAACAUAUUGUCGUGAUUACUGGAACUACCUCGAUUGGGGGAUUCUGUUGUCAUUUCUGUUCGAUAUUAUGCUACGAUUGUUGGAUAAUUCCAACGCCAUAACGAUUAGUAUUCAGCUACAAACCUUCUGGGUCACGUGGACAGCCAUGGCCCUCACUACCGCCUGUAUUCGAUUCAUGGAUAAUUUCUACCUGUCCUCUUAUCUUGGGUCACUCAUGUUGUUGUUCGCCGCCAUGGGUGACGACGUACUCAAGUUCCUUGUCAUCUUCGCAUUUGCAGUUAUGUCGUUCUCUUUUGGAUUUUACUACCUUUUUGAGGGGAUUCCCAAGAACAAUUUCAACAAACUUAAUUCUUCAGUUACGGCCCUAAUUUCCACUAUAUUUGGCGGAGACAUAUCCGGUGACCUGAAAGUGAGUGGCAUCGUUUACAACGUGUCAUCAGAAAUUCACGAUGUCUCGGGUACUUACCAAGCAGUGGGGUAUAUACUAUACACAUUUUUUGGUACAUUCGUCAUGCUGAUUCUCGUCAAUAUAUGUAUUGCUAUGAUGUCCGACACAUAUGCCAGACUCAAAGAACAUAUCGAUUGUGAAUGGAAGUUCAGAAGAACAAGCAUGUGGAUGAAUUACGUCAACGCUUCUGUUCUACCAGCUCCAUAUAACAUCAUACCGUCAUUUGCUUGCUGUAAGUACUUAUGUCCCGAAAAAUGUAGAUGUUUCAAUUCACGGAAGAUAGUACAGGAGGAUUUUGAGGUGAACAUUGCCGCCAACAAAAGGGAUAGCGAUAUGACAUGUGAUGUGAACUUGUCCUAUGACGAGCUUCUCAAUGUAUUGUUUAAUCGUUAUCUGAUCAUGAAAGGCAUCGUGGAUGAAGAGACGCUGAUGAAGUCUAGACCGACAACAGGGCCAGAGGACAAUGAAUAUGGGGUUAGUGGACGGGAGGGCGAUACAUUGGGCACUGGCGCGGCUGGUGAUUAUGGUGUUGGCGACAGUGAUCAUGGGGAAUCUCUGUAA